UCUAUCUGCUGCGGACACAGUGCAUCAAUUCUAUUGCUGGCCUCUGCAUCUUCCUCCACACUUCUACAUUUUGGUGAGUGACCUACUCUCUAAGGGUUCUCUGUCGUUCAGUCUCUUUCCAGAUACCACGCCGGAGAACCUACUAGGCCUUUACUUGACUCUGGUUGCUCGUCACUUCUCUCUAGAGGGCUCGGUGAUACCUCCUGGUACCACCCACUUCUCAGUGCUGGACCUCAAGGAUGCAUUCUUCACAAUCCCCCUGCAUCCCGACUGCCAAGAUUUCUUUGCUUUUACUUGGGUGGACCCAGACACUUCAAGGGCACAACAGCUGACCUGGACGGUCCUCCCUCAAGGGUUCCGAGACAGUCCCCAUUUCUUUGGACAGGCUUUAGCAAAGGAUCUCCUCUCUCUUCAGGUGUCUCCUAGCAUUGUUCUCCAGUAUGUGGAUGAUCUUUUGCUUUGCAGCCCUUCCUUUGAGUUGGCUCGCCAACAUACAGCUGACCUCCUCAACUUCCUGUUGACAAAAGGAUAUAGAGUCUCUCCUUCAAAGGCCCAGAUAGCGAAGUCAGAGGUAACAUACUUGGGUUUGUCCAUAACUCCUACAGAGAGAAGAAUUACUCUUGAUAGAAAAGCCUACAUUGAGUCUCUCUCUGUCCCACAGACCAAGGAGGACAUUCUGUCUUUCCUGGGACUUGCAGGCUUCCUUCGUAUUUGGAUACCCGGUUUUGCCACAUUGGCCAAACCUCUUUAUGAGGCAUCCAAAGGUUCCCUAUUGGAGCCACCAGACCCCACAAAGCCCAUUGACACCCCAUUUAAAGUUCUGAAGCAAGCGCUUCUUCGGGCUCCAGCACUGGCUCUACCCAACCUCAAGGAACCCUUUAUACUCUAUGUCACUGAGAAGUGGGGAAUUGGCCUUGGGGUUCUUGGACAAAUGUCAGGCCCCUCCUUUAGACCUGUGGCCUACCUCUCAAAACAGCUAGACCCAACGGUAAAAGGCUGGCCAGCAUGUCUUCGAGCUUUGGCAGCAGCAGCCACCUUAGCACAGGAGAGCACAAAACUCACUUUUGGCCAACCCACUACCAUUCGCUCUCCCCACAGACUAAAGGACCUUUUGUCUCAUAAAUCCCUGUCUUCCCUUUCCCCUUCCCGCCUACAGCUGUUUCAUGUUACUUUUAUUCAAAACCCUGACUUUUCACUGGAAAGCUGCUCCCCGCUCAAUCCAGCUACCUUGCUUCCAUCCAAUUCUAACCCUCUUUCCCAUUCCUGUACAGAGACCUUGGAGGAAUUCACACCCCAUUUUACAGGUAUCUCGGAAACUCCUCUUCCUGACCCAGAAGACACCUGGUACAUCGAUGGCAGUUCCAUAUCUACCUCUUCAGGAAGCCGAGUUGCAGGCUAUGCCAUCGUUAAUAACUCUACCAUUCUUGAAAGCAGCCCUCUGCCCCCUAGCACUACCUCACAAAAGGCAGAACUUAUAGCUUUAACUAGGGCCUUAAUUCUAGCAAAGGGUCGGAAGAUUAAUAUUUAUACAGACUCAAAAUAUGCCUAUCAUAUUCUCCAUUCUCAUGCAGCAAUCUGGAAGGAGCGUGGCUUCCUGACCACCAAAGGGACUCCCAUUACUAAUGCCUCACUUAUUCUUAAACUAUUAGAAGCUGCUUCCCUUCCCCAGCAGGUAGCGGUCAUCCACUGCAGAGGACACCAGACAGGAUUGGAUGCCAUUACAGUCGGCAAUUCAAAAGCAGACCGGGAGGCAAAGCUAGCAGCCCAGAGACAACUCCAGGGACAACUUCCAGCUCCCUUGCUACUGGUAUUGCCUUCAAUUCAACCCUCUUAUACCCCACAGGAGCUCGAGGAACUUACGCACCAGGGAGCCUCCCAGGAAGCACAGGGAUGGUGGUCCCUGGAAGGACGAGUUGUUCUUCCCGAGGCACAAGCAGACAGCUUUCUUUCCCAGGUUCACCAGGCGCUGCACAUUGGAUACAAGCCUCUCUCCCACCUUCUUAAACCUUUAAUCCAUUGCCCUAGCCUAACUACUCGACUAAAGGCUAUUACCCAAGCCUGCCCCACAUGUUCUCUUACCUCCUCACAGGGUGGUCUCCGACCAGCUGCAUUCCCCACACACCAAGCACGGGGACAUACCCCAGGGGAAGACUGGCAGAUAGACUUCACUCACAUGCCCAGAUGUAAGCGGCUGAAAUACCUUCUAACUAUGGUUGAUACCUUUUCAGGAUGGAUUGAAGCCUAUCCCACAACGUUGGAGACUGCUGACACUGUUGCCUCUGUCCUUAUUAAAGAAAUUAUUCCUAGGUUUGGCUUACCCAGGUCACUUCAGUCUGACAAUGGACCUGCUUUCAUCUCCAAAGUGACCCAACAGGUGGCAUCCUCUCUAAACAUCCAGUGGAAUCUUCACAUUCCUUAUAGACCUCAGUCUUCUGGAAAGGUUGAAAGAGCUAAUGCGCUCCUCAAAACACAACUUACUAAACUUUCUCUAGAGCUCCAGCAAUCCUGGCCAGAACUGUUACCCCUGGCGCUCACCCGCUUACGUGUUUCUCCCCGCAGCCCUACUUUCCUCAGCCCCUUUGAGUUAAUGUAUGGAAGACCUUUUCUCCUAGGUAAUUUCCCUACUGACAAUGCCAAGACUCCACUAAUAGACUACCUUCCCGUCCUAACCUUUCUUAGGCACAUGCUGCGCCAACAUGCUGACCAGUGUCUCCCUCAGCCUCAUCAAGGCCCCUUUCCCACUCCCCCAAUUUUGCCUGGUGAUCAAGUGUUUCUCAAGACCCUUAAUCCAUCUGGUUUACACCCUAAGUGGACAGGCCCUCACCAGGUUCUGCUGACAACCCCCACCGCAGUCAAGCUCAAUGGACAGCCCCAGUGGAUUCACCUGUCAAGAAUAAAAAGGGCUCCUGUUCCUGCCCCUUCUAUACCAACCCUGACCUCCAGGUACACCUGUUCCCCCCUCGGGCCUACCAAGGUAAGGCUGUCUCGCAUCCCUGAAGAUCCGGGUGAGUAAAACUGAGCUAACUGCUCUCCUCCCCAAAGACCUCACUAUCUCAUCCCUUAGGACACCUCCAAGCCAUGGACAUCCAAUCUUUUCUUUCCAGUAAUAUAUUUGCUUUUCAUCUUUGUUCAGCCCCCUGCCUGAG